CUGCUGGAUGCUCCAUGAUGGAUGAAGAGUGACAGAUCGGGGUUAGCCGCCAGGGGAGUCCAUUUUCUUUCAGCGCACGGUCCUCCUCGAGGAGAAAAGCAUGAGGAGGAAUGGACGAGAAACAGAGAGAGGAGCGACCGAUUUCCACCCCUCCUCUUUCCCUCUCUGUCACACUCUCUCUCUCCUCUCUACUCCAGUGCAUCGCAACAUAGUGGGCUUUACCCGGACUGCACCGCAUUGACGCUGCUGCUGCCAGCCGACCCAGCCCACUGAACUAACGCGCCAACAUACACACUCUUUUUAGGUGCUACUACCCACAGCUGGAAACUGGAUGCUGUGCGGAUUGUGAGUGUGUGUGUUUGUGUGUGUGGAUAUGCAACAAUUCCCUCUAUACCUAUCUUUGCUGCUCCUUCUCUGGAUCCGGACUCUGAUUCGCUGUCCUGCUCGGUAAUGUCAAGACUCUGGACGCGGGAGUGACUCGGGGAGGAGGCUCGGAGAUUAUUGCAGCUGCAGCACAUAUAGUGCACCACACGAAUUUGGGAUAUAACUUACAAGUCUGCAGAGCUCACGCCACGAAUGUAGCCAUGUACUUGAAACCGUGAGCUCCCCUCUGUGCUCUGUCUCCAACAUGGGUGUUGACUGAAUGGAAGAGUAUCCCCGCGCUGUCACAGAGGUAUGAGGAUGCACUUGUGAGGAUUAAAACUGUACUCACUAAUUCCUGGACCAUGCAGAUUCUGCAGCCUAGGACGUUAUUCGUGUUACUGGCCCAUGCACAUGUGUUCUUAUCUCUGAGACAUAAUGGAGAAGUGCGGAGUAAAGAGGACAGCAACACCAGCGCGUACGCUGCCAGGACUUUCCAUGGGUCAAUGCGGGAGAGUCAUCAAAACAAAGCCAGGGACCGUGCGCUCUCGGCGGGAUAUGCCACAGGUGCAUCCUCGGCGGAGCUGCAGGCGCAGCGGGCAAUUACCAGAGGGACCCUUAACUCCACUCACCCCUGGAAGAGGGUAAUUGCAGGAGAAACGAGGCGAUUUGGACACAACAAACGUGACUUCAAUAGGACCGUGACACCCAUGGAGGAUCCCAACGCCGUCUCACAUUGGGACCCGACGCGCCACCAUAAUAAGAGGAUAAAGUUGAAUGGCGGUCUGAGUAGUACGAGGACGCCAGCAGGUGGACACUACAAUGCGGCUAAGCCCUCCUCAAUGGGCCGGGGAGACGGAGGAGGGGGACCCGAGGAGGGAGACAGGCACAAGAGAGGCACAAAAGACGAGCAGAAGAAAGCCUGGAAGAGGGGGAGAACCCGGCUGAACAAAGGCGCAGUGCUCUUGGCUCAACCUCACGUGUCGCCUUGGGAACCCAUCCCCAAGCCUCUGGCCCUCACCUCCACCGACCUGCCCUUUGACCUUUUCACCAGGAGGCCCGAGUUCUUCACUUUCAGAGAGGAGAACCCCUGGGACGCCACGCCGAUCACCCCUCCCAGCUCGCAGGAUUUCGGAGACGAGAUCAAGAACCCCUUUUACCCGGUGACGAGUGAGACUUACGGCGCGUACGCGAUCACAUGCGUGUCCGGGGUCAUUUUCCUCGUGGGGAUAGCGGGCAACAUCGCUAUCCUGUGCAUCGUGUGCCAGAACUACUACAUGAAGAGCAUCUCCAACUCCCUGCUGGCUAAUCUGGCUGUCUGGGAUUUUGUGCUCAUCUUCUUCUGCCUGCCCAUGGUGGUGUUCCACGAACUGACCAAGUCCUGGCUGCUGGGGGAGUUCACCUGCAAAGUGGUUCCCUAUGUGGAGGUGGCGUCUUUGGGUGUGACCACCUUCACCUUGUGCGCCCUGUGCAUCGACCGCUUCCGUGCAGCCACCAACGUCCAGAUGUACUAUGAGAUGAUCGAGAACUGCACAUCUACUACUGCCAAGCUAGCCGUCAUCUGGAUCGGUGCUCUUCUCUUGGCCCUGCCGGAGCUCCUCAUUCGUCAGCUGGUGGCAGAAGACACGGGAAUGCCGGACGAGCCUCCUGUUGAACGCUGCAUCAUCAGGAUAUCCACCUCACUUCCUGACAUGCUCUACGUGCUGGGCCUGACCUACGAGGGCGCUCGGCUGUGGUGGUGCUUCGGCUGCUACUUUUGCUUGCCCACCCUCUUCACCAUUGGGUGCUCAUUGGUAACGGCGCGCAAGAUCCGGCGUGCAGAGCAGGCCAGCGUGCGCAGCAACAAGAAGCAGAUCCGGCUGGAGAGCCAGAUGAACUGCACCGUUGUGGCGCUGGCGAUCGUCUACGGUGCGUGCGUGGUGCCUGAGAACAUCUGCAACAUAGUUUCUGCGUACAUGGCGGCCGGUGUUCCUGAGCACACCAUGUCUGUCCUCCAUCUUCUCUCCCAACUGCUGCUCUUCUGUCGGGCCGCCGUAACGCCAGCGCUGCUGCUGCUCCUGUGUCGCCCGCUGGGCAGGGCCUUCCUAGACUGCUGCUGUUGCUGCUGCUGCUGUAACAACGCGCCGUCCUCGGCCACGGCCAGCGACGAUAACGAACACGAGUGCACCACCGAGCUGGAGCUGUCGCCGUUCAGCACCAUCCGCAGGGAGCUGAGUAACUACACACCUGCCGGCUCCAACUGCUAAACUGACAUUCCUCGUUAGGGAUGGAGAGUUCACUAGCCUGCUAUCUGCCUGUGGCUAGUAGUUCUCACACUUGGCUAGGAGACAUCUGCCUUACCUGGUCUGGUCACAUUUUUAAACGAGUGCAUGAAGGGAGUUGGACACUGAAUAAUCAUGUUCAGCCAGUGUCCUAUGUCCUCAACUUUCAGUCCUUACCAUUAUACUGUACGUUUGCAGUAACUGUGUAACCCUCAUUUCCCAGGAAAGCUGACAAAAAGCAAAAUCUUCUUUUCCCUCAUGCCCUGGGGUGCUCUUAAAACAGGGUCAGUACAUAUUUUUAGCAAUCCUGCCUGAAACCUUACAAACCUCCCUUGUGUAGACCUUGUAUGCCUAAAUAUCUUUGAACAGUUGGGGUGGUCUUUUAACCUGUCUGAUGUCUGGUUCCUCACAAGAGGUUUGAAUCAAGUUAAUUUUAUUUUAAUUAAGCUGAUUCUGAGGCAGAAAAACUAAACAGAAAAAAAACUGCUGGCCUCAUGCUUUUAGUGACAGGUCAAGGUAAUAAUAUUUAUAACUGUACAACGUACAAAUGAUUGUACAGAAUAAUCAUAAUGAGUUCUCUUAAAAUUAACAAAACAGUUUGUGAUUAUAAAUGUGUCUGGCCACCAUAAAUAAUAUUUAUGUAUGGGAAACUGUGCUGCGAAUCUAAGGGGAGAAAUAAUCAAUGCCAAUCACCUUCCAAAUGUGUCACUAGUGAAAUUAUGGGGACUAAGCUAAUUAAUCAAAGCGACCUUGUACAAUAAUUUAAACACAGCAUUCAUCCAGUAGGCUGACACUGCCUAUAGAUGUACAGGACUCGGUUUACAGACUACAUCAGCUGCAAUGUGCAGUUCAUAUAAUGGUGCACACAUGGGAACAAGGCUUCUGAUAAUUAAACUAGCGCAGGGCGUCUCAGCAGUAAUGACAGUUUGCAAGAGGAAAACACAAAGGAAAUAUAUUGCAUUGGAGAAUCCAAAUGUACACAACACUACAAACUGUAUAGUGAAAAAUAUCCAGUUGACUCAAACAUAACUGGGCUGGUCUCAGAGAACAACAACGUGGACUUGAGUGGAAUUAAAUGGUUUGGAAUGGACUAAUUGAAAUCACAUUAGAGUUGAAUGGAGCGGAAUGGAAUCAGAUGAAACACUACAGAUUCAAUUGAAUGAAGUGAAUAUGAAUAGAGUUGAAAGUAAUGGAACAUAACACCGUAGAAUAUAAUCGAAAGGGACGGACUCUGCGUGAACUGGACUGAAAAUGAAUAUCUGCACUACACUGUUGUAUCAUGUUACGCCUUACACUUUGGGCUGUAUAUAUACUGUACACUUUCUUUGGUGCUCUUAUGAUGAAUGCGCUGUAAACAACAAAUCCAUCGGUUCGACUUAGAAUCACAAGUAAUUGAGCUUGGGGCUGUUUCUGGUCAGGAAGACAGAUCACAGUUAUCUGCGACUGUGGAAUACAUCAACAACAGUGAGGUAAAGAGAAAAAAUAAAUAAAUGUAGAGUUUCACUGAGCCACAGACAGUUUAAAGAGAUCGCCUGAAUCUUUGAGUAUAAAUAAUGCCUUUAGGAAGAAUGACACUUGACACUACAAGUGUGGUGGCACUUUAUUUUACCGUACAGUAAUUACGUAAGUAGUGGUUAAUAGAUCACUAGUAAAGACUGAUAAAUAAAAGUAAUUAACAUUGUAGAGUUAUACUUUAAUAGAUGUAAUAAUUAAUUAGUAGCUACAUAUUUUUAUUACAUUGGUACAGAAAUAUAAUUAGUGGCAGUAAGUUCUGUUAUGUAACAUGUUAACAAGGACAGUAACUAUUAACCAUUUACUAGAUAAUUACACCAUAUUAUUUACUUAUAAAAAAAAAAAAAGUGCCAAUACUGCAUAAUACCACUGUAAAUACUAGUAAGUGCUGGACUGUAAAUAUAAGUGGAAUUAUAUAUUUGUACCAAUAGUCACUGCAAAGUUCAUAGUAAAUAAAAAGUAGAUAUUUAAUUUGUUAUUUUUUUUUUUUAUGAUUCCUGAACUGUAAAACAAAGUGCUACCAUGACUACAGCAUGUAAAUCAAAUCAAAGGCAAUACGGUAACAGACUGUUUGCUAACUCCCUCCCCUGAACGACUGUCCAGUCUUAGCUCAGCUACUGUAGCAUAUUAGGGGCGGCUGGUCUGUCAAGUUCAGGAUAACUCCACAUUCCAAAGUGGUGCCAUGAGCAAAGGCCUGUUUUCUAGUGAACAUAAUAUGUAGUAUUUCCGCACUGUGUGGAACCCGAUCCUGGAUGAUAUCAGAAUUUAGGGAAAUGUUAGCAUCUUUGUUGAUACUCCAGCAUCAUCAUUGUUAGCUUAGAUAGUGUUACACUGACUCAUCAGUAAGUCCUCAUCCUUUUCACUGAUAACGUUAAAAGUGAAAAUAUACUGCUUGAAAAUACAAAUAAGUAUCCAAGCAGACAACACUGUUAUUUUCCAACAUAAUAGUCUGGUGAUACAUUAUUUCUUAUCAUAUUUACAAUACUAGGAGGACGUAGUCCUACCCAGCAACAGUGUUGUUUCACGAUGUCUACAUGGAUCAUCAGCUUGUGGGAAUUCUGUCUUUAUGCAAGGUACAUGCAGCAUUAGCCUCACUCUUCUAUAUUUCAGACCCUUUAACAGGGUUGUUGUUUUCAAAUGAGUCUGUUAAUGUUAUCUCAGUUAGCUAACUAGCUACAACUAAGAAAAUCCUCCAGCAACACGAGUUACUGCAGCCGACAAACUCAUCAGUUGCCAUAAGAGGCUGCCUUUGUCUACAUGAAGGAUCCAUUCUGGCAGUAAUUACUAAGAAAAUCUUCCUCUUUUAUCAUAACAGAAAACUCCACAAGCGUAGCAACAGUAACUAAGGAGUUCAGGGCUUAGCAAACAGCAAAUUCUUGACCUCUUAUACCCUUUGCAGUUUCAUUACUUGGGUUUCUAAGGAGAACCAAUGAAAUGUUUUUCACAGUGUAUAAAUUUACAAGUGUAUUGUACUGUAAAUCUGUUUUCUUAAUCCUACUAAUCAGACCUGGGUUAAAACAUGGUUCAAACCACGAUGUCACUUCAUCACAACGCAGGUAAUUGAAAUUAUACUGAAAAAUGGAAAGCCCAAACAUUUGGUACCAUCCGGUGUUAUGGCAGACGUAUGAAGAGGAUUGAAGAAAAUGACUCUUACAAGCCUUUUGUUUGUUUGUUAAACUCAAUUUAAAGAAAAAAAAGAAAAAAAGAAGAGAGAUUACAAGGUGGUGAACUCUGUGAUGACCCAGGUGUGAUGUUCACUGGUAUACUGUAUAUUGCGAUGAAUCUUUUACGUACGAUUCUGCACUGCCAAACACCUUCUAUUUGUCUGUCUCUUGUGCUCUUGUGGUAGUAGCACACUAUCUCUGGGUGUCUCUCUCAGCGUGGAGGUCAGUUUGCUCUUAGCUCCAUCAAUACAGUGAGGGGAGUAUUGCUAUAAAUCAUAAAAAGGUUUGACGAAAGCCAGGUCCAGUCAUGCUCAAAACAUAUGUGUACACUAUGGAGAGAAACAGGGUUUUUUCUUUUUUUCCCUGCCCCAGCUCGAGGCAGCAGCCCUUUGGCUCAAAUCAACUCCAGUUUAUCAGCUCUAAGAGAUCCAGGUGGAUGUAGCCUCUGGUUGGCGCUGCCUGCAGUUCUUCAUGUUAAUAGAGGAAAUGGGCAACAACACAGCAGCUCUGCAACACAAUGCCCUGCAGCCUUUUUGACAACUCUUUUUAUUACCAUCACUAUCAGGCUAUUGUGGGCCAAUGUGUAAACCCGUCCAGAGAUUAUAGUGUAUAUGGCCUAGCACAAGCUGACUUUUUCUCUGUUAAAUCACUUUGGAAUUCCCACCCAUUUAUUUUAUUUUUUUUUUUUGAUGGGACUUGUGUGUAAACUGACCUCCUGAUUCUAAUUAUCUUUUUUCUGCAUAUUUCUGGAAGUAUAGCUCAUUCUAAAUGGCUCCGUGUGUAGUAACGUGGUUCAAACUAUUGAUGAAGUGAUUCUUGUAAAUCAGUCAGUGGGACGUUUAUUCUGAACUUUGUGAGUAUCCUCUUCACUCUGAGCAAAAUGUGUCUGUAUUUGAUACCUGAAAAUGUAAGCACACGGCCACUAUUGUCUCUAAGUCUAGUCACAGGUUUCUAAAUAGCUUUUUAUAUAGCCAAAAACCGUCCCUUUGUUUAUCAAAGAACUUCUAUCUUGAAAACUGUAUAUUAAAAUCCUAAAUGUACUAUUA